AUGCUUUCUCCGCCCACCUUUUCUUCUAGAAGCAAGGUUUCUCUUUGGUGGAGGGAUCUUUGCUCCAUUGGUGUUGGCUCGGUUUCUUCGUCCACUUCAUUCUCUUGGUUCAAGUCCUCUAUCUCUUGCAAACUUGGCUCCGACCUUUGGUUUGAAUUUUGGAAUGAUAGUUGGUUGGGUAACACUCCUCUAAGAGAUGUGUGUCCGGUUAUUUUUGGUGCAAUUGAAGAUUCAUCGGCCAAAGUGACGGAUCAUGGGAUUUGGCAAGAUGACUCAUGGAUUUGGAGUUUUCCACCGAUUCAUUCUUCUAACGGGGCAGCCAUAGCUCAAUUAUCUUCCUUGAUAAAUCUUCUCCUUCCGGUUCAGCCCUCUCUCUCGGCUCUAGAUGGCUAUGUUUGGUGGCGCAAUCCGUCGGGUUUUUCGGUAAGUAAUGCCUAUGAUGCUAUUCUUUUGGGUUUACCUUCUUCUCCUCCGUUGAACAACACUAGUAUGGUAAUGUUUGAGUGUCUUUGGAAAACAAAAGUGCCUAGUAGUAUUCUUUUUUUUGGUUGGAGGAUUAUUUGGAAUAGGUUGCUGACUAAGACGAAUUUGUUCAAACGAAGGGUUUUACUCGAUAUCAAUAUGUUGUUUUGCCCUUUGUGUCGAGGGGUCGAUGAAGAUUUAGACCACAUCUUUCUUUUGUGUCCCGUUUCUAGAAUUUGGUGGUUGAAGUUAUAUCAGUGGCUUAGGAUUAUUGAUGGUGACGAGAAAAUUUCUCUUAUUGAUCAAUUUUGUUGGAUGGAGGACAUUUGCAAGAAUAAUUUCUCCUUUGACUUGGGUUGGUUCUUUUGCUUAACACUUUGUUGGAUAAUUUGGAAGUGUAGGAAUGAUGUAAUUUUCAACAAUUUAGUUGUUUCUCAUUUUGAUGGGUUUAAUUUGUUUAAAUCUUUAGCUUGGGAUUGGUUUAAUGCCUUUCAUAAAGGUUCUUGUAAUUUAUCUAGGGAUGAUUGGUUUUUUGAUCCAAGACCUUUUUUCACUUGA